UUUGGACCAGAUGAAGCAGGAGCUAGACAGAGGGGCUCCCCCCAGAAACACCAUGUGACUUUUCAUGGAGAGACACCCCCACCUCUGAGGGAAUGGAGAGGAACUGCCUCAUGGUCCUGGCUUUUCCAAAGUCCCUCUGUGAUGCUCUUCAAGCCCAUCAUUGACCCAGAGCCCCAUUCUGAGUUUCUGAAGGGGAGCAGUGCCAUCUGGUGGCAGACUGAGGCUGCACCAGGAGCAGGCCAAGCCAUGACUACAGUAGCGGUGCAUGUGGACUCCAAAGCUGAGCUCACUACCCUGCUGGAGCAGUGGGAAAAGGAACAUGGCAGUGGGCAGGACAUGGUACCUAUCCUUACCAGGAUGUCUGAAUUGAUUGAAAAAGAAACUGAAGAAUAUCGUAAGGGGGAUCCAGACCCAUUUGAUGACCGACAUCCUGGUCGAGCUGAUCCAGAGUGUAUGCUGGGCCACUUGCUGAGAAUACUCUUCAAGAAUGAUGAUUUCAUGAAUGCACUGGUGAAUGCAUAUGUGAUGACAAGCCGAGAGCCCCCUUUGAACACUGCAGCUUGCAGACUUCUAUUGGACAUCAUGCCAGGGCUAGAAACUGCUGUUGUCUUUCAAGAAAAGGAGGGAAUUGUUGAGAAUCUUUUCAAAUGGGCCCGAGAGGCUGAUCAGCCAUUGAGGACGUAUUCUACUGGACUGUUAGGAGGUGCUAUGGAGAAUCAAGACAUUGCUGCCAACUAUAGGGAUGAGAAUUCACAGCUGGUGGCAAUAGUACUUCGAAGACUGAGGGAGCUACAACUUCAGGAAGUGGCUUUGCGGCAGGAAAACAAGCGUCCCAGCCCGCGAAAGCUCUCCUCUGAACCCCUUUUGCCUCUGGAUGAAGAAGCUGUGGAUAUGGACUAUGGCGACAUGGCUGUAGAUGUAGUGGAUGGUGAACAAGAGGAAGCCUCUGGGGACAUGGAGAUUUCCUUUCAUCUUGAUUCAGGCCACAAGACUAGUAGUAGAGUGAACUCAGCAGCCAAACCUGACGAGGGAGGAUUGAGGAAAAACAAGUCAGCAAAACAGGGUGACAGAGAGAGUUUUAGGAAGGCCAAGCAGAAGUUGGGUUUCUCAGCAUCUGAUCCAGAUCGUAUGUUUGUUGAGCUAUCUAAUAGCAGCUGGUCAGAAAUGUCCCCUUGGGUGAUUGGCACCAAUUAUACUCUUUAUCCUAUGACUCCUGCUAUUGAGCAGCGACUCAUUCUCCAGUAUUUGACCCCCCUAGGAGAAUAUCAGGAGUUACUUCCCAUAUUCAUGCAACUUGGAUCACGGGAAUUAAUGAUGUUCUAUAUUGACCUGAAACAGACUAAUGAUGUCCUGCUUACAUUUGAGGCACUCAAGCACCUUGCAUCUCUCCUGCUCCAUAACAAGUUUGCCACAGAGUUUGUUGCGCAUGGUGGAGUACAGAAAUUACUGGAAAUUCCUCGUCCUUCUAUGGCUGCAACUGGUGUAUCCAUGUGCUUGUAUUACCUGUCCUACAACCAGGAUGCCAUGGAAAGAGUUUGUAUGCAUCCCCACAAUGUUCUGUCUGAUGUGGUGAACUAUACUCUGUGGUUAAUGGAAUGUUCUCAUGCCUCAGGAUGCUGCCAUGCUACCAUGUUUUUCUCAAUUUGCUUCUCCUUCCGGGCUGUGUUGGAGCUCUUUGACCGCUAUGAUGGUCUUCGUCGUCUGGUGAAUUUGAUCAGUACUUUGGAGAUUCUAAAUUUGGAAGAUCAGGGUGCACUUCUGAGUGAUGAUGAAAUAUUUGCUAGCCGCCAAACUGGGAAACAUACCUGCAUGGCCUUGCGCAAGUACUUUGAAGCUCACCUGGCCAUUAAAUUGGAACAAGUAAAACAGUCACUUCAGAGGACUGAGGGUGGCAUUCUUGUCCAUCCUCAACCCCCAUACAAGGCGUGUUCAUAUACUCAUGAACAGAUUGUGGAAAUGAUGGAGUUUUUGAUAGAGUAUGGUCCAGCGCAACUAUAUUGGGAACCAGCUGAAGUCUUCCUGAAACUUUCUUGUGUUCAACUCUUGUUGCAGCUUAUUUCUAUUGCCUGCAAUUGGAAGACCUAUUAUGCAAGGAAUGAUACUGUGCGCUUUGCUUUGGAUGUUCUGGCUAUUCUCACUGUUGUGCCAAAAAUCCAGCUGCAGUUGGCAGAAUCAGUGGAUGUGCUAGAUGAGGCUGGCUCCACCGUCUCCACUGUAGGUAUCAGCAUUAUUUUGGGAGUGGCUGAGGGUGAGUUCUUUAUCCAUGAUGCUGAAAUUCAGAAGUCAGCACUUCAGAUUAUCAUCAAUUGUGUUUGUGGCCCGGAUAACCGAAUUUCCAGUAUUGGCAAGUUUAUCUCUGGAACUCCUCGGAGAAAGCUGCCUCAGACUCCGAAAAGUAGCGAGCACACCCUGGCCAAGAUGUGGAAUGUGGUUCAGUCCAACAAUGGCAUCAAGGUGCUCCUGUCCUUAUUAUCCAUCAAGAUGCCCAUCACUGAUGCAGACCAGAUAAGGGCUCUGGCCUGCAAGGCCCUAGUGGGCCUUUCUCGCAGUAGCACUGUCCGGCAGAUCAUCAGCAAACUGCCCCUUUUCAGCAGCUGCCAGAUCCAGCAGUUGAUGAAGGAGCCUGUGCUGCAGGACAAGCGCAGUGACCAUGUCAAGUUCUGCAAGUAUGCUGCUGAGCUCAUUGAACGAGUGUCAGGAAAGCCUCUUCUCAUUGGCACUGAUGUGUCUCUGGCACGACUGCAAAAAGCAGAUGUUGUUGCCCAGUCAAGGAUUUCCUUCCCUGAGAAAGAGCUGCUUCUGUUGAUACGUAACCAUCUCAUUUCUAAAGGGCUUGGGGAGACAGCAACCGUGCUGACGAAAGAGGCUGACUUGCCCAUGACUGCCGCUUCUCAUUCUUCUGCCUUCACCCCAGUCACUGCUGCUGCUUCUCCUGUCUCUCUUCCCCGAACACCUCGCAUCGCCAAUGGCAUUGCAACUCGACUGGGCAGCCAUGCUUCUGUGGGUGCCACUGCCCCUCCUGCCCCCACUGCCCAUCCUCAGCCACGGCCCCCCCAAGGUUCACUAGCCUUGCCUGGCCCAUCUUAUGCAGGCAAUUCCCCCUUGAUUGGUAGGAUCAGUUUUAUCAGAGAGAGGCCAUCACCCUGCAAUGGCAGGAAAAUCAGAGUGUUGCGGCAGAAGUCGGACCAUGGCGCCUAUAGCCAAAGCCCAGCCAUAAAAAAGCAGUUGGACAGACAUCUUCCUUCCCCACCUACGCUGGACAGUAUCAUCACAGAAUAUCUUAGAGAGCAGCAUGCUCGCUGCAAGAACCCAGUUGCCACCUGCCCACCUUUCUCCCUCUUUACUCCUCAUCAGUGUCCUGAGCCAAAACAGAGGCGGCAAGCGCCAAUAAACUUUACCUCAAGGCUAAACCGCAGGGCAUCAUUUCCAAAGUAUGGAGGGGUGGAUGGCGGAUGCUUUGAUAGGCACCUUAUCUUUAGCAGGUUCCGUCCUAUUUCAGUGUUCAGGGAAGCCAAUGAGGAUGAGAGUGGUUUCACUUGCUGUGCAUUCUCAGCACGGGAGCGGUUCCUGAUGCUUGGCACCUGCACUGGGCAGUUGAAGCUCUAUAAUGUGUUUAGUGGACAAGAGGAGGCCAGCUAUAACUGUCACAACUCGGCUAUCACACAUCUUGAACCUUCCAGGGAUGGGUCCUUGCUGCUGACAUCUGCUACUUGGAGCCAGCCUCUGUCUGCACUUUGGGGAAUGAAAUCAGUAUUUGAUAUGAAGCAUUCCUUCACAGAAGAUCACUAUGUUGAGUUCAGUAAGCACUCUCAGGAUCGAGUCAUAGGUACAAAAGGAGACAUUGCCCACAUUUAUGAUAUUCAGACUGGCAACAAGCUGUUGACUCUGUUUAACCCAGAUCUUGCCAACAACUACAAGAGGAACUGUGCCACCUUUAAUCCUACAGAUGAUCUUGUCUUAAAUGAUGGCGUCCUCUGGGAUGUCCGCUCUGCACAAGCCAUCCACAAGUUUGACAAGUUCAACAUGAACAUCAGUGGCGUUUUCCAUCCAAAUGGGCUGGAGGUCAUCAUUAAUACUGAGAUUUGGGAUCUUCGCACUUUCCAUCUUUUACACACAGUUCCUGCUCUGGAUCAGUGUCGUGUUGUGUUCAACCACACGGGGACAGUCAUGUAUGGAGCUAUGUUGCAGGCAGAUGAUGAGGAUGACUUAAUGGAAGAGAGGAUGAAAAGCCCUUUUGGAUCAUCCUUCCGAACAUUUAAUGCAACUGACUACAAACCUAUAGCAACCAUUGAUGUGAAACGGAACAUCUUUGACCUGUGUACAGACACCAAAGACUGCUAUCUUGCUGUCAUUGAGAACCAAGGCAGCAUGGAUGCUCUGAACAUGGACACGGUAUGCAGGCUGUAUGAAGUGGGCAGGCAACGUUUGGCAGAGGAUGAGGAUGAAGAGGAGGACCAGAAGCAGAUGGAAGAGGAAGAACAGGAGGAAGAAGAUGACGAUGAAGAUGAUGACGACACUGAUGAUCUAGAUGAGCUUGACACUGACCAGUUGCUGGAGGCGGAGUUGGAGGAGGAUGACAACAACGAGAACGCAGGGGAGGAUGGGGACAAUGACUUUUCUCCCUCUGACGAGGAGCUAGCGAACCUUCUAGAGGAGGGAGAGGAUGGGGAGGACGAGGACUCUGAUGCGGACGAGGAAGUGGAACUGAUCCUGGGGGACACGGACAGCUCUGACAACUCUGAUUUGGAAGAUGACAUCAUCUUAUCUCUGAAUGAGUGAGGGACCAUCAUCAUGUGGAAGACAUUCUUGACAGGCGAGAAACUGAGUCAGAUGAAUUCAGAACACCUUCCCUUCCCCAUCUCCCAGGGCUGUCUUUUAAGGAACUGCAUGCCCUGCAUUCAGAGGAAUAUGGCUUAGAGAGCCUCACUGGAAUCUGAGGGUCCUUCUAAAACAAUAACAACCACAAAAAGACAACAGGGUUUAGGCCCUAUUCUGCUUCCCCCCUUCUCCUAGGAUGGACAGCUCUUUCCUCAAGGGGGGGGGGGGGGACAUGUCUCUGGGGUUAUUUCACAAUAUAUUUUCUUUGUAUAACGUUCUUUACUUAAAGAACAAGAAAUAGUUUUUUAUAAAACUUAAAAAGAAAAAAAAAACAGGCAUUUAUAACUGAGGGUAUGAACUUAUAUCCACCAGGUCUCUUGUCCCUGCACUUCAUUUUCUAUGGAAGAAAAUGAUGUCUAAAGAACAAUACAGAGGCAUUUUUACAUACGUAUUUAAAUGAAAAGGAAAAUCGUGGUUUCUUAAAUUGAUAAGGAUUAAGAAUAUUUUAUUAUAAAUAUAAUAUAUGAUUUUUUAACCUGUUUUGUUGCCUCAUAUGCUGUCAGGUUAAUUUGCUUUCCUUCGUGCCCGAGGUGGGGAGGAAGGCACUGCUUGUUUGCUGAGUAAAUGCCCAGGUUCACCCACCUUCAUGGUUUGGGGGCAGCAAGGUCGUUGUGGAUAUUGGUUUUGUGGAGUUGAGGGAACUUAGGAUAUAAGUUCACUCCCUCUAUUUUUCUUUGUGAUUGUUUUUCAAAAAUUUUUUUCUUCCCUUUCUCCCCAAUGUGGAAAUUACAAAUCAAAGGCCUUUUUUCUUUAAUGUAAAGUGUAUUUAUUUAAAAAAAAAUACAAAAUAAACUACAAGUCUGUCUUUGUUUGUU